AUGAGUUCGAGUGGUCUGACCGCCAGCGAGGGGCAUGUUCGCGAGAGGAUGCCUCGACCUGAAAAGCCGACUGACGCAACAUCAACCGAGGAUGCUCAAAAAACUGUCAAAUCGCUCAACGAGAACGAGGCCGACAAAGACCAGUCUCAGAAACGCACUUAUGGCAGAACUCCAGAUGGUAAAGUAUUUGUGGUGCCGCAGACCCAUGACAUGGUCUCACAGCUUCUCUCCCCGACCCAACCAAAGAACGUGUCCGACAUUGUCAUCUUGGCUGUGCUCGCAUGCCAUGUUGCCUUGCUUUACCUCCUGCCAGAUCCAAUUCGUAUCCCUACACUCGCAAUCGUCUUCCUGUUCUGGCGUGCCGCCUACAAUGCCGGCAUUGGAUGGCUACUUAACAUACAGUCCAACCACAAGCGCCUCACUUCAUGGGCUCGCAAGUACAACCUCUUCACAGACCCAAAGUCUGCCAAGAACCCGCGUCCGUGGCUCUACUAUCAGCUCAAACGUGAAAUGGAAACAAAGAUCGCUCGCGACUACAAAUUCGAAGAAGCUCCACUCGAGUACAACACAUGGUUGGUUUUCAGAAGGGUCGUUGACCUUAUCCUAAUGUCCGACUUUGUCGCUUACUGCUGCUUUGCCAUCGCUUGCGGCGGCCGUCCUGAUGGUGAGAAUGUUGCCAUGACUCUUGCACGCUGGCUAUGUGGCUUGGCCCUCGUCGCUUUCAAUCUUUGGGUCAAGCUCGAUGCCCACAGAGUCGUCAAAGACUACGCCUGGUACUGGGGUGACUUCUUCUACCUCAUCGAUCAAGAACUCACCUUUGACGGCGUUUUUGAGAUGGCUCCUCAUCCUAUGUACUCUGUUGGCUAUGUCGGCUUCUACGGCAUUUCCUUGAUGGCUGCCAGCUACAAGGUGCUCUUCAUCUCUAUUGUUGCACAUGCUGCUCAGUUUGCAUUUUUGACCAUUGUUGAGAAUCCGCACAUCGAGAAAACGUAUAAUCCACCUACGCCCAAGAAAAGAAGAGAAUCCGAGAGCGACAGAGAACCUCCCAAAAGCGCCACCCCCGAGUCUGGUCAUAUCAACGGCUAUCCACCCAUCGCGACAACCGAGAAGCCUUCUUCAGUUCACAACAUCCUUGGCUUUCACAACAUGGAUCUUCACCGUGUUACCGACGUAUCUGUCUUGCUUAUGCAAUCUUACUUGUUUAGUGUCGCCUUCUUGACUCCAUCGACUCGUCUGUGGCAAGCCGCUUUCGUCCUCAAUGCAGUGGCUUGGCGGCUGUGGUAUUCGCUCGGUAUAGGCUAUAUUCUUGACCGUCAAUCGAACAAGAAAAAGUGGGCUCGCCACUUUGUCAAAUAUGGCGAGAGCACCGAAGAAGCGUGGAGACAGUGGAAAGGACUCUAUCAUUUGAGCAUGAGCAUGUGCACUGCAAGCUUCCUCUGCGCAGCCCUCAAGAUGUACAACCUGCCUCCUGACUGGACGUACGGUCUAGCUCUGCUUCGCCACGUACUCGGUAUGGCAAUGAUCGCUCUUCAGAUCUGGACGAGCUUUAGCAUCUACGAAUCUCUUGGUGAAUUCGGAUGGUUCUUUGGCGAUUUCUUCUUCGACCAUGCAUCCAAACUUACCUAUGGCGGCAUCUAUAGAUUCCUCAAUAACCCUGAGCGGGUGCUUGGACUGGCUGGUCUUUGGGGUGUUGCAUUGAUCACUUGGAGCAAGACCAUCUUCUUCCUUGCUUUGCUGAGCCAUCUUCUCACUCUGAUCUUCAUACAAUUCGUCGAGCGUCCACACAUGGAGAAGCUCUACGGUCGAACCUUGCGCCAGGACUCUGGCCUCUCUAAGAGUCUCAAGCGUUCAUUACCGUCGCCUCUGAAACAAUGGCAGGGCAGUGUCGAUCGGGUGCUGGAGGAUUCGAUGGAUUUCCUUGAAGACUUCAUUGACUCUGCAAGACCCAAACUCGCUUCUAGCAUGGACACCUUCGUUAGAGACACACGCACUCUCUUCAAGAACUACCCAGCCCGCAUCAGUAUAACACGUCUUGCACCCGAUCUCGCUGGCUUCGAUCCCAAGGACUAUUCUCUCGAGAUCGAAGGCACUCCUGCGUCCGGCACCUCUGAAUCUGAGCGCUAUAGUGGGCGUGAGGGAGAGAUUGGCCAGGUCCCUCAGCAGCGUGUUGAUCAGUACAAGACUCUUACUUUCGAGUAUGGUGCUCCCAUCAAGGUCCGUUGGCAAGCCCCUGCCAACCAUCGCAGAAACGAUUGGAUUGGACUCUAUAUGGUUGCAGACAACUCGUCACGCGAUGUCACCCGUGUCGGAUCUCAAGGUCGUUGGAUCGCUACUACCAAAGGCGUCUACGACUCUGUGACUGCCGAAAAUGGUAUUCUCGUUUCUUCUCACCAGGUUACCAAAGACGGUAAGCACUAUGCAACCGGCGAGGUGGAGUUCUCAGGCGAUAAAUUGUGGUGGACACACGGAGUUUUUGAAUUCCGCUACCAUCACGAUGGAAAGCAUAAUGUGAUGGCCACUUCUCGGCCUUUCGAGAUCCGCAUUGGUAAAUUCGACGAAGACGAUGUUCAGUUUGAUAACAUCAACCUGGCACGUUCGGCUGUUGAACAAGCCCUACUUCCUGUUGUACAAAACUGCUUCGAUCGCGACCCUGAGGUUGCGCCGCGUACCACUGACGAUAUGUUUGGCGAUGGAUUGGAAAGAGAAGGUAGAUAUGCCAGACGUGUCGUCUUUGCUAUUCAUCAGAUGUUUGGCAUCGAGUUUGCCCCUGAAGCCGUCUUGGCGGACGGCAGUGUACAAAACCUGGCUUGGAGAAUUUGCAAUGCGAAGAAAGUGCUUGCACCCUACAGCAUGACGCCCAGUCGCGGUCGCUCGACCCCUGCGGAGAUGAAGGGUUGA